GGAAUGCUUGGAGGGAUCCAUGUGAUAGCUCCAUUAUACUUCUUAUUAUAUUCCAUACAGUCACCGGUGUCCAAAUUCGAUACGCCAGAUCGUCGCUGUACGCAAAUCUCUUACAUGAAGUCCUUGGUUCCGUGUCUUAUAUCGUGCUAUUAUAUUCCGGGGUUCUGGAUCACCUAUGUGGACUCUUCAGUGCAAAGCAACUCAGUUAUGAUGUUUAUUCUCCUACCAGCUUUUUUCCGAUUCCUCCAUGUCCAGAUGUCGUCCUUUCUCAGAGGAACAACAGUGAAAGAGCUUAUUGAAACGCCGAACGUCGACAUGCCAUAUAUUAGAAUAACAUACUACACAUGCGCUUUAAUAUCUGGGUUCAUGUCUUUGCUAUUGAGAGCUUGGGUAUCGCGGUCAUUAUUCGGUUGCUUAUUGCCAAUAUCACAUCAUAUGAGCCUAACAGCAUCUACCAGGCACAUCGCUUACGAGGACACGGUCGGGUUUGUAUGUGGCUUGAUAUGGGUCACAUAUGAGUACAUGGACUUAAACUCCGGCGGGAUGAUGAGUAUGCCCUGGCUCUCGUUCAUCCUAGCGGGCACACUCAUAACUCUGGUUCUGGGGCCGGCAGCAGCUUUGAUGCUAGGAUGGGGCCUGAGAGAAGAGUACUUGGCAAUGCAUGCCGAACGCCGCCUAAAAAACACACUGCCUCUGCCAGCAGCUGUUGGAAGUCCAAUAGUAGGUUGA